AUGGAAGUCAAAACGGAAACCUCGGAAAAGUCUUUGAGCAGUGACUGCGAGGAAACUGUCCAGCUCACCUGCCAGGUGGGGCCAGAAUCUACGGUUGAGAGAAUAGACACUAAUGCGUCCGUUGAUCCCGUUCCAGAAACCAUUUACCAGUCCAAGCCAGAACUCUGGAAUUUUAUUAUAUGCACAGCACUAGGUCAAGUUCUAUCCACGAUCUCAAUCCCCAUCUAUUUCCCAGCUCUUACUGUCUUGGCGGACUACUUCGACACGAGCUUGGACAUGAUCAACUUGACGGCCACAAUGUACUCAAUCUUUCAAGGACUCUCGCCGUUAUUUUGGGCAACGCUCUCCGACGCGAUCGGUCGACGACCUGUUUAUCUUAUGUGCAUUAUUUGCUACAUCGGUGCCAAUGUUGGUUUAGCCCUGGGCAGAUCUUACUGGGUAUUGUUUGGUUUACGUUGUCUCCAAGCAUUCGGAGGAGCUUCUACCGUGCCUUUGAUGGGCGGUGUUAUUGGUGAUAUCACGUCACGGAAAAAUCGCGGAGGUGUCAUGGGAAUCGCUACUGGUCUCGGCCUCAUGGGAAACUGCUUUGGCCCGUUAAUUGGCGGUGGUUUAAUGUCUCAAUGGAAUUGGGAAGGAAUUUUCUGGUUUCUGAUGGGCCUGGGCGCUUUCGUACUCGUAGUGAUCUUUUUGUGUCUUCCGGAGACCCACCAUUAUUUUGCAGGCAACGGGUCGAUUAUGCCUCAACCAUGGCUUAAUCGCUCGCCAUACGCGUACGUCCAUCGAGCCGUCACUGGAAUCCCUUUCCUACCCACAGAUCCAGAGUAUGAACAAGAAUGGCGUGCCUCCAAACCCAAGAUCAACCUUUUUCAAUGGCUUUGGUUGCUGGUUCAACCCGACGUCAUUUUGGUUCUUGCACCGAUGGCUCUUCAUUACACGACCUGGUACAUGGUCUUGACGAUCCAAUCUACUCGUCUGGCCAGUGACUACAAAUUGUCUACAACUCAGAUUGGUUACACCUACCUGGCCAGUGGUGUAGGGACGUUUGUCGGCAGUCUUGUCGCUGGCCGACUAAUGCAAUGGUCUUUCCAACGUUAUGUGUGGAAGAGAAAAGCAUAUUGUGAAGAAAAACAUGUCCCUUACCGUCAAUCAGACGUCAAUAUUUAUAUUGCACGCUUGGAUCUUUGCUUCUGGGCUUCGCUAAUUCUGAUUGUGUCUACAAUCAUUUUUGGAUGGACUCUCGAAAAUUUGGUCCCGUUUUACUGUCCCGUUGUCAUGACAUUUUUAAUGUCGGGUUGUGCAACAUUCUUCAUGAGCGCCUCAACCACUUUGCUGGUGGAUAUUUUUCCAGAUAACGCGGGAGCUGCGGUGGCAUGCUCUAACUUAUGUCGAUGUCUACUCUGCGCUGCUGGUCUUGCGGCUGUUGACAAGAUGUCCACUGCUAUGGGUCCCGGUGGUAUGUCCACUUUAAUGGCCGGAUUCUGUGGUCUCAGCCUCUUAUGUUUGGUAUAUUUGCUGCGCUACGGCGAACAAAUUGCGAAAAAGCGGAAAGCGAAAGAAAAAGCUCGCCGUGAACCCUCAGCAAAAUGCUGA